AUGAUAGCCAUCGGUUCUCCUGGAAGACUCGCUCUUGUCCUCACUCAGUGGACACCGCGUAUCCUCUGGUGGAGAGCUAGUUCCAGUAAAGCCAUGGGUCUGGAAGUGUCGCUGAUGGCCACCGUGGAGGCAAUAGUGGAUUGGGUGGUACAAGUGGAAAAUGGUGGCCUUCUGAACGUGUUAUUUGAGGAUAUAUCGUCAACUUCAAAAGAACCCCAAUUUACUCUUUCUCAAAAUAUCCACACCAGUAUCUUGAAUUUUUUACAAAAUAUGCUCGCCUACAAGCCUCUGGCGCUCCCAGUUCUCCAAGCUAUGCCUGGUUCCCUUGGUGGAGGGGUGGCGGGAGUUGAUGAGGCUAAUGCUAAUCCCAAUCGUGAACCAGAGAUAUUUUGGAUUACUAUGGGUCUGCUAGGAGCCAUUUUGAUCCUCAUCAUUGUCUUGCAGAUCAUCAAUUGCUGCUGCUGUUGUUGUGGCCAUAAAGCCCGUCACUUGAAUCGUGUGCAAGUCGCGGCAGUUGACAAAGAUUUGAAGCACAAGAACUUGGUGUGCCGUGUCACCUACAUUACUUUGUUAGCGAUCGCGUUUCUCUUCGUGGCAGCAUCAGUAAUCCUCCUUGCAAUUUACUUUAGCAGUGCCAAUUUGGUCGUCGCCCAUCUUGAAAUACAUGAACAGACAUCGUCCACACCAAAUUUCAUUUCCCUACCUGAUGGACUGCAAGCUGCAGUGAAACAUCUGUCAACCUUUAUCAAACAAGGAAUCGAAUCAGGUCAACAGCUCACCGAAUGGUCAUUCAACUCUUUUGCAACGCAGACGGAUGGUGAAAUAUCAGCCAAUCUCCGUAGAGUUACAACAAAACUACAGGAUCACCUGCAGCUGCCAGAUGUGACCGAGAAAGGCCAAUCGAAUUUGGGCGGCAUCAAAAAUUGCAGCGUCAACUCCAAAUCUGCAGGCUUCUUGAUGGACAAGUUGAAACCAAGCAUCAGUGCACUGAACGACCAAAUCGCACACACUCAAGAGCUGUAUAAAGUGGAAUUUAAUAAAAUUACAAACUGCGACCAAAAAUGUGAAAGUUUGAAGACAAGAGUGGAUAAGCUGCGAAGCCCGAUUGACCCAAACAAGUUGGACAGUGGCCUUGUGAAUGAAUUGGCCUCCAAGUUAGACGGUAUUCAUGAGGAUUUUGAAGCACUGCAAACCAAGCUUCAAACCACAAUCGACAGCAUCCAGGGCUCGGCGGAUGAAAUCAUGCUUUCAUUAAAAAAAGAAUUACAAUUACAGGAAAUUUUAGGCACAGUUGACGAAUUUUGGCCGCAGGCCGAAACGCAAUCACAAAAAUUGUUGGAGGAAGUGGAUAAAGCUACUACAACUUUGACAACAAGAAUUCCACAAGGCGCAAAAUUUGUGCGCAUUGUUCUCUAUUCCAUUGGUGGAUUUUUGGUAUUUAUGGUGCUCAUCGCGGUUCUUAUUUUCGCUCGUCUUCUCUACAGAGGUAUCACAAGUCAGCUCUACGGUGAUCCCGAUGACAUUCCAGCUGGCUCCAAUCUCAAUGCGUGGGACAGACUUGCCUGUGGCAAAUGUUCUGCUUGUUGCUGUUCAGUGUUCUUUGUUUUCAUUCUACUCAUCUUCGCCAUCGUUGUUGGCGUUCUGCUCUUCGUCCUCACCACAAUAUCCGGUGAGGGAUGCAUAUACUUGGCCCAGGAGAGCGCUGUUGCCAAAACCGACUUUGUUGUGAAUAGCCUUGUGGCUGAGCAAUGGGACUCAAUCAUGAGUGGUGUUGCUACAGGUGAGGAGAAUUUUUUGAACACCUCCCCACCACAAAACAUGCUCACUGCCCUGAUUAGGACCUGUGAUUACGUCGACACCCAACAGGUCGUUGGUCUUCUCUCUGCCAUGAACUACCAAAAUUUGGUCGAUGUGCACAAACUUGUUACCAGUCCAAAGGUGCAAGAUGGAAUUAACAAUGGAAAAGUCAUCGCUGUUAAAGCGAUUAAAGACCUCGAAAUCUCCACCAAACUACCUCCUGAGGCUGACUUUGAAGCCAUCAGAAAAAAGCUGGAUGAGGCACUUAAAAACAUUGAUCUGGACGAACUGUUAACUGCAACAAAACCGGAAGUAAUGGAUAUCGCACCUCUCAACAAACUUCAUAAUGACCUGGAAGACUAUGGAGGUUCGGCUCAGUCUCCAGGAGAUGCCGGCUUCACUAAACCAAAUGAAGAACUGAAGAAGGUGAUCAGCUCUAUGUCGGAGCUCGCACUCAGUGUAAAGGACCUCCAUUUAGCAAUAGAAGUUGUAAACGAGGAGAAGAACAACCUUUUAUCACCAUUCGGCGAAUUGAUAGAAGCACUAAAAACAACAGUUAAUUUAGCCGGGAAUGAGGAAGGAGUAGCCGCGGAGGUGACGUCUCAGUACGACGUUCUCAUCAAGACGGUGAUGGGUUUCAUGGAACGCAAAGGCAAUCUCCUGUUUGCCCAGGUGACUCAAGAACUGCUGCCAUGUCUUGAGGCGCACAAGGCCUACAUGUCGAUGACGGGGGCCACUUGUGGCAACGUCAACCUGCUCCUCGGUUUCGUCUAUGUCCUCGCCCUCAAUGUGUUCUUUCUGGUCUUCCUUUACUUCGCUCUCUUCAAUCUUGCAUUCUUCCAAGGGAUUUUGCUUCGCAUGGCGGGUGAAGAAGAAGAAGAGGAGGAGGAGGAGGAAAACAGCAGCAGUGAUGAUGAUUACAGCGAUGACGAGAGUGAGGAGUCCCAAGAGUCGUCCAGCACAAGUAGUGUCACCUCAACAAGUGACACUAUCACUAGCACUGUGGAUGACGAUAGUGUAGUCGCGUUUGCUUGA